AGAGGGAGCGGAGUUUUGAUACAGCGAGAGGGAGGUCGGAGAGAACAGCCGUCGAAGUUGUUGUGUUGUUUAUGAAAAGAACUCCGUGGAUUAAACGCAAAGGGAUGGAUUUGAUGACCUUUCACUUUUGUUUUUUUCUAUUAGUACUCAUCACAGGGUCUAGCCAUGGCCUGGAGAUCAUCUCGGCAGGCCCCGGCACUGUGGAGAAGGCCAGUGGCGAUAGCGUGAAGCUCGACUGCCAGUUCACAUUGGCCCCCGAGGACUCGGGCUCGCUGGACAUCGAGUGGAGCCUCCAGCCCUCAGACACCCAGGACGAAGAGAAAGUGGUCAUCCUCUACUCUGGCGACCGGGCAUAUGAGAACUACUACGCUCCUCUGAAGGACCGUGUCCACUUCAACUCCAUGGACCCCAAAAACGGCGAUGCCUCCAUCAACCUGCUGUCACUCAAGUCGGCCGACACAGGCACAUACCAGUGCAAGGUGAAGAAGGUGCCAGGCAUCCGCAGCCGGAAAGUGAUACUGCGAGUGAUGGUCGCUCCAUCUAAGCCGCGGUGCUACUCCGAGGGGGCCACGCAGGUGGGCAAGGACGUGGUGCUGCGCUGCGAGUCGACCGAGGGCACCAGCCCCAUCUCCUACACCUGGCAGAGGGACAACAAGCUGCUGCCCGCCUCCGCCGUUCUGGACCCUGUUGCCGGCACAAUCAACAUCCGCAAUGCUAGCGAGGGUUCCUCCGGGACAUACCGUUGCGUGGCCAAGAACCGCGUGGGCGAGCAGGACUGUGUCUACGAGCUGAGCGUCAUCCCUCCUCCCAACACGGCCGGCAUCGUCGCUGCGGCGGUCAUCUGCGUGCUCCUCGCCCUCAUCAUCAUCGCCAUCAUCCUCUUCUGCUGCUGCCGCGCACGUCACCGCAAGAAGUACGAGAAGGAGAUCUCCUACGAAAUCAGAGAGGACGUGCCCCCUCCUAAGAGCCGCGUGUCGACAGCGCGCAGCUUCACCAGCGUGGGCAGCCAGCGCUCCUCCCUGGGCUCCAUGUCGCCCUCCAACCUGCACGAGUACACCAAGCCGCAGUACGACAAGAUCCCCUCGGAUGAGUUCGAGCGGCCCCCUAGCCACGCACCCCUGCCGCCCCCUGGCAAGCCCGUGGGCCCCAACCUUAGCCGCAUGGGCGCCAUCCCAGUCAUGAUCCCCGCCCAGAACAGGGAUGGAUCCAUCGUGUAGCGACCCCCCCCCCCCCCACCCCACCCUCUCUCAUCCCAGACUCUCAUCACCGUGCAGCGCCAGGUCUCUCCGUGUGACUGUGUGUGCGUGCAUGCAUGUGUGUGUGUGUGUGUGACUGUGUGUUUGACUAAUUGUAUGAAAGCCCCACAACGCACUCAACACCUGGACAAACAGAAGAUGGUUAGAUGAGACUGGAAAGAAGAAAAAGAAAAAAGAAACACAUGUAUUGACUUUCAGAACUUUUCCUGACCUGAAGAAGAUGAGUGAUUGACAUGCUUUAUGGUCUGUAGGGUGAAUGUGAGUUCACUUCACCUGUUUUUAUUGUUGUAAAUAGCCCAGUGCAUGAUAUCUUUUUAAGUUUAGAUGAUCCUGUCAAAUGAAAUCUUAGGGUGAAAAUGAUUAUAAAAAGGUUUUCACAUGGAUACAUAGUAAUAUUCUCUGUAAAAACCAACAAUGCUUCAACUAAAUUAGACAUCUGAUCAUGAUAUUGUGCUGAAAGCUUUAGCACCUACUCUUUACCUUUUUAUGAAUUUGGCCUUUUGUUUUACCUCUGUCCAGGUUCCCACCAUUUUACAUGACCACAUGUCUCAGGAUAUGGCUAAGUGAUGCUCAUGAAAUGUAAUGUUUAACAACUCCGCAGUCUCCAAUCAGAAAGGAUUUGCUACAUCAUUUAAGCCUUCCAGGGCUGUUUGCGAAUUUCUUUCAUGUGCCCUUAGUGGGCUUUUCUUUUGUUCAUUUUUUAAAAAUAUUUUUCAAGAGAUUGUUUGAAGGAUAGAUAUUUACUGUCUAUUUUUUCUUUUCUUUUUUAAUUAAGAUCUUUUACACAACCCUUAGUGGGAGUCUGGGACGCCCACACUCCUCUUGUCUUUUCCUUGUACAUGUGCCAUGUGGUUGGCGGGCUCUAGUAAUCUGCUGAGCUGAGCUCCCCUCUCCUCCUCCUCCUCCUCCUCCUCCUCCUUCUCCACCUCUUGACCGUUUUUAGCGCCCUUGGCUUGGUGGUGGAGUGGUUCAAAAAGAAGGCUUUUGAUUGGUGGGUCUUUGUUUCUCCUCGCGUGGCUACUGCGCUCCCCCUCCACACACAACUCUCCUCUCCUCGUUACAGGGCCGUUCCAAAGACCGAGUGUGUAGGUGUGUGUGUGUGUUGGUUUUUAGGGAGUAGCGGGGACUUUGGCCGGUGGGGGUCAUUCUUUGUUCACAGGGCACUCACAUUUGAUUAGAUUUGACUACAAACGGACCUGUCAACUCUAUUCACCUCAGAGUUGCUCUACUCCCACAGUUGAUAUUACAUAUCAACAUAUCAGCAUAUUGGAGGCCCCAUGUCCCCUUAAUGACACACACACACACACACAGCAUUUCUCUGAUUACAUAACAUUUACAUAACAAUGCCCACCAUCCAGCUCUUCUCAUCCCAUGUGUGUACAUAUAAGUAUUAAUCGCCUUGUGUGUCUAAUUGAAAAUAUGAAGUAUCCCACUUCUGGGUCUGUGGUGAGCUGUAUUAUUUGCACCAUUGGUCAGAUUAUUUAAUUGAAGGAUUAACUAAAUGUAGUUUUUUUUUUUACCCCCUCUCUCUUGAGGAAAAGGCCAGGCCAGUCGUCGUAGCGUUGACCGCGUCCACAGACACUCAGACUGAUGACCGGAAAGCCUGUCGAGUCACAGUAGAAAACUGACUUUGAGCGCAAAAAGCCCUCCGUGAAUACCCCCUCGCCCGAGACCAUAGCGAGUCUGAAAUGACCCCUGCAGUACAUGUGCCUUGACCGUGCUGGCUUUCAUAGACUAAUGCAAAGGAUGUAGCUGACAAAACACUCACACACCAGCGUGGUCGGUUGCACUGACUUAGGUUGGCACAAACCAGUGUGGUGUAUGGUGACGGGAAUACUUUGUAUACGUGAUACAGAUACUCGGUAGGAAUGCAUUGCACCCUGGUCAGGUUUGGUUGUGAAGGUCGCCAAACACUGUUUUCAAACUGACCUCGUUCACCUCAAAUGUUUAGCUGUGAGUUUUGAGUCCGAGUUUUAGUCAGAUCAUCAGCUCAGUAUCAAAAUGUCUAUCUCCAAGCAUUCAUUUACAGUCUAUCCCUUGGAAGGAGACUUUUUAAACAUCUGUUUCAGAUUUAAUUUUUUAUGAACAUUGUUUCUGUUUUAAUAUGUAUGUAUAUACUGUAAUUUUGAUUCUGAGUGUUAGUUUCAUUCAAAUGAACUGUGUACGAUAACUACUCGCUCACAUGCUGUUCUUAGCAAGUGUAAAUCUGAAGAUAACAUUUUUGGGGGUGGUGUGGGAAGGUAUAAUGACUUUAUACAUAAGUGAAGAGGAUUGUGUACAGACUCACGCUGGUGAAGGCUGUAGAGAGAAUGUAUCUGAUUUCUGGAUUCAGAAGAAACAUUUGCAAACAAACGUGCUGGAAUUCAUUUUCUUUUUGGGUAAACAGAAAAGAAUAGGUGAAAGGCCUCUUAAAUGUUCUUCACUGUGGAGACAGAGGGGCCAUUCAUUCUUCUGCAAGCCCUUACGGCUGAAUGUUGUCCCCUGAUUUUUUUUAUUUUUUUUGGAUAGGGACCAGGUAGUCCUUUAGUAG